CCCCGAUCUCGUCCAUAGCUUUUCUUCCCCCUUUCUUCUUCUCCCAAUCUUCUCCUUCAAGCAAACCCCUGCAGUGCCUUCAAUUACUGUUAAUCCAAGAAAAUAGUGGCAGACUGCAGAGAAGGUUUCAAAAAAUUGAUGUUGCUUUUAGUCCAGAUGGGUUUGACUGACAAAAAUUAGAGAUCUAUCAUUUCGUUAUCCCCAAACUUGAGCUGUCUUUAUUUAUUUAUUUUUAUUAUUUUCUGCCUCGAUGUUAGAGUGAAAUGUGUGCCCAGCUACUGUUCUUGAGUGGAUGCACAGAUGGAGCCUCAUUUUCAGCUGUAAAGAUUGGAAUUUGAGUGUGUAAAUGGGUUCACUCGAAACUGGGCUGCCAUUGAAGAGGGAUCAACAUUUGCUGCGUUCUUCAUCUGGUAGGAACAACAAUAUCGGCGGGGGUAAUAUUAAUGGGUUUUUGGGGCAGAGGAGCAGAUCAAGAUUUGCAAGAUGGGUACUGUUCAAGAGGAUUGAUUAUCUGCAGUUGAUUUGUGGAGUGGCUGUUUUCUUCUUUUUUGUGUUCCUCUUCCAGAUUUUCUUCCUGCCUGGCCAUCUGAUUGGAGAUGAAAAUAGAUCUGAUAAAGUCCUUCAAGGCAAUUUUGGGGAAUUGUCAUUCUUGAAAGAGCUGGACUUUGGGGAAGAUAUAGAGUUUGAGCCUUUGAGAAGUGUGGAGAAGUUCCAAAAGGAUUCGCAAUUGGGAAAUGGAAGUUUUGGGUUGAAAAAUGGUGUGAGAUUUGGGUAUCGGAAACCUAAGCUUGCUUUGGUUUUCGCAGAUUUAUGGGUUGAUCAACAUCAGAUACUAAUGGCUACUGUUGCUAGGGCAUUGCUCGAGAUCGGAUAUGACCUUGAGGUAUUUGCACUUGAAAAUGGCCCGGCGCGUGCUGUAUGGGAAAAGAUUGGGGUUUCGUUGAGAAUUAUUGUUGCAGAUGGAAACACGAAGCUACAAGUGGAUUGGCUCAAUUACGAUGCCGUACUUGUGAAUUCUCUCGAGGCCGUUGGCUUCUUGUCUUGUCUCAUGCAGGAACCUUUUAAAAAUGUUCCGCUCAUAUGGACUGUGCAUGAACUUACUCUUGCGACUCGAUUGAGACAAUAUUCUUCCAGUGGUCAGGCUGAAUUUGUUGAUCUCUGGAAAAAAGUUUUUGCCAGGGCCAGAGUUGUUGUCUUUCCAAACUAUAUAUUGCCGAUGGCAUAUUUGUUAUGUGACCCUGGAAACUACAUUGUAAUCCCCGGCUCACCUGAAGAAGCUUGGAAAUCUGAUAGGCGAAUAGGGUUUAUGGAAGAUAAUCCACAGCUGAAAUUGGAGUAUGAGUCAGAUGAAUUUGUUGUUGCCGUUGUGGGGAGCCAGCUAGGUUACAAAGGUCUGUGGGUGGAUCAUGCCUUUGUCUUACAGGCUUUACGCCCUCUUUUUACAGACUUUGGUGAUUCAAGUUCCCCUAUUAAAGUUUUUGUCGUGGCUGGAGAUUCCAUGGGCAACUAUAGAACCAUUGUGGAGACAAUUUCACAGAAAUUGGGAUAUCAAAAUGAGACAGUGAAGCAUGUUGCUGAUACAAAUAUGGACACAGUAAUAAGUUCUGCUGAUCUGGUGGUAUAUGGAUCCUUCUUCGACCAGCAUUCCUUUCCAGACGUUUUGCUGAAGGCUAUGUGUCUUGGGAAACCUAUAAUAGCCCCUGAUCUACCGGGAAUACAGAAAUAUGUCAGUGACAGAGUGAACGGCUUUCUAUUCCCAAAGGAUGACAUUGUGGCUCUGACACAGAUCAUGUUUCAAAUGUUCUCAAAUGGAAAACUCUCAGCCAUAGCUGACAAUGCUGCAACCAUUGCAAAGCAUACUGCUAAGAACUUAAUGGUUUCGGAAAGUGUUGGAGGAUAUGCAUUGUUACUGGAAAACAUUCUUGUACUCCCAUCUGAAGUUGCAGCUCCUCGAUCCAGAGAAGGUAUUCCUCAGAAACUAAAAGAGGAAUGGCAAUGGCAUCUCUUUGAUGGAAUUGCAGAUACCCGUCCUCCAAAUAAGUCCACAGUGGGGUUCUUAGAAAAGUUCGAAAAACAGUUCAACCAUUAUGCAGAACCUGUUUCAGCUUUAAUUUCACUAAAUGAUUCAUUCGUUUAUGCAAUCUGGGAAGACCAGAAGUAUAUAGAUACGAUUACCAUGAAAAAAAGAAGAGAGGAAGAAGAGCUGAAGGAUAGGACGGAUCUGCCUCGAGGAACAUGGGAUGAUGUAUAUCGAAGUGCUAGAAGAGCUGACCGUUCAUUGCAUGAAAGAGAUGAAGGAGAACUUGAAAGGACUGGUCAACCCUUAUGUAUUUAUGAACCGUACUUUGGAGCGGGAACAUGGCCUUUUUUGCACCACACUUCAUUAUACAGAGGACUUGGACUGUCUACAAAAGGUCGAAGACCUGGAACAGAUGAUAUUGAUGCACCUGCUCGUCUCCCAAUAUUAAGCAAUUCUUAUUACCGUGAUAUCUUGGGGGAAUAUGGUGCCUUUUUUGCAAUUGCAAAUCGGAUUGAUCGUAUACACAAAAACUCAUGGAUAGGAUUUCAGUCUUGGAGAGCGUCAGCAAGGAUGAAUUCCUUGUCCAAGACUGCUGAAAGAUCGUUGUUGGAAGCUAUUGAAGCACGAAAACAUGGGGAUACAUUAUACUUUUGGGUCCGUUUGGACACAGAUGAUAGAAAUUCGUUGAAACAGGAUUUUUGGUCCUUCUGUGAUGCUGUAAAUGCUGGGAACUGCAGGCUUGCUUUCUCAAUGGCGCUAAAACAUAUGUACGGCUUCAAUCACAACCUAAGUUCUCUUCCACCAAUGCCGUCGGACGAGGGCACUUGGUCUGUAAUGCAUUCUUGGGCUUUACCUACAAAAUCCUUUGUGGAGUUUGUUAUGUUUUCAAGAAUGUUUGUUGAUGCGCUCGACGCCCAAUUCUAUGAUGAUCAUCAGAAAUCUGGACACUGUUGCCUUAGCUUAUCCAAGGACAAGCAUUGCUACACCCGAGUGCUUGAGUUGCUCAUCAAUGUCUGGGCAUACCACAGUGCAAGAAGGAUAAUCUACGUGGAUCCAAAGCUAGGCUUAAUGCAAGAACAACACGGUCUGAAAAGCAGAAGGGGUCGAAUGUGGAUCAAGUGGUUCCAAUUGAGCACACUCAAAAGCAUGGACGAGGAAUUGGCAGAGGAGAUGGAUUCCGACCACCCCAAAAGGCGGUGGCUGUGGCCAUCAACGGGCGAAGUGUUCUGGCAAGGAAUGUACGAGAAGGAGCGCAGUAUGAGAUACAAAGCCAAAGCGAAGAAACGGCAACAGAGUAAAGACAAGAUUAAACGGAUAAAGGAUCGAACACAUCAAAAGGCAUUGGGGAAGUAUGUGAAGCCUCGCAUCAAUGAGGACAUCAACAACAACACUGCUCUUGCAGCUUAGCUACUACUGAUUUUCUUCCUCUCUCUCUCUCUCUCUCUCUAUAUAUAUAUAUAUGCAUAUACACAGCGAUCAUCUAAUUUUUUUGGUACCACUUUUUCCCCUUUCAAAUGUUUUUUGGUAUGAAGUGGUUGCUGCCCUGAAAAUUGUAAUUUGUAGUUGAGAUGUACCUAUUGUUUUAUUGGUUAUUGUUGUUAUCACUUCACUUGUAAAUGAAACUAAUGGACAACCUUUGGGCUUUUUGUCUUGCCAAGUGUGUUGUUUGGGGAGUCUUAUAAAUGUCUUUGUUUCAACAUUAUAAAGAACAUAACUUUGUUUAUGCAAUGUCAAUUCAUAC